AUCGUUGCCAAACUUACUGUGCGUAGUUAUUGUUGUUGUUGUAUUCUUGGAAGAAAAUGAAGCGGGAAGAAAAUGACGGUCGUUUCGACCUCAUAAUUUUGGGCGCCUCAGGCUUCACAGGCAAAUACAUUCUUCGAGAAGCCCUCAAAUUCCUCAACGCCCCAUCCUCUCCUCUCAAAUUCAUAGCCAUAGCCAUAGCGGAGCUCGGGGUGAUGUUCAAUUCGCAACAGUGGGUGGGGCCUGAAGCGCCGAACAGCGUGGAGGCCUACGUGGUUUUGGAGUCGGAGAAAAGGAUUGUCAUUAACUUCACCACAUACGAAUCCAUGGUUCUCGGUGUGGCCAAUGCGCACAACUUGCACCUAUUCAGAAAGUCCAGGCCCAGAAGACCUACACCUAUGAUUCCUGGACCUCCUCUUUCAAAAGGAGAAACUAUAGAGAGCCAGAAGAAACUUGGCCUCUGGGCAGUGAAGCUACCUUCGGCAGAUUCAGUUGUAGUUCGAAGAACACUGGCAAUUCUAACAGAAAACCCCCAUGGCCUCCCUGGGCUCAACGAAAGUGCCAAGACGGUUGCGAAAAGGGAAGCCUUCUGGUCCUCUGUGAAGCCGACUCAUUUUGGUGUGAAAAUAGGCUCAAAGUCAUUAUUGGGCAUUCUUCGAAUCUCAAUUGUUGGAGUUUUCGUUGGUCUUUUAGGAGGAAUUGGUUUUGGAAGGUGGCUUCUUCUGAAAUUUCCUUCAAUAUUUAGCCUUGGUUGGUUCAAGAAGAAGGGUCCUACCGAAGAGGAGGUUGAAAGUGCUUCCUUUAAGAUGUGGUUUGUUGGACGUGGUUUUAAUAAUGGGACUACUGCUCCAAAGGGUAACACAAAACCUGACAUGGAAAUUAUAACAAGGGUGAUGGGACCUGAAAAUGGAUAUCAGACCACACCAAUAAUUCUUAUUCAAUGUGCUCUUGUUGUUCUCAGCCAACGCAACAACCUUCCUAAAGGAGGAGUUUACCCUCCUGGGAUCAUCUUUGGUCCAACCGAUCUCCAGGAAAGACUUCAACAAAAUGGAAUAUCCUUUGAUAUUAUCUCAAAAAUCAAUAUUUCUUCUUAAUUGCAGACUUUUAGUUUCAUAGAAAUAUACUCUUUUUAAAAUUGUAUUAUUACAACUGGGUGGGGACUCUGGGUAGAGAGACUAUAAGUGUUUGUUUUGUCUGACUAUAUUUUAUAAUGAUGAUACAGUUAUACUAAGAUUUCGCUUCAUCCAUUUA